UAGAUGUCUAAGGCCAGUGAACACGUUCACAAACUUUUUGUGUUGGGUGGAUCGUGCCCCUUUAAUGUGUCGGAAAAAUAAAGUGAGUAGGCUGCCCACUACUUGGCAUUUAUUUAUUUCUGUCUGAGGCAUUAAAUGCGAGUAAAUAUUUUCCCCAACUUUCUGCUUUGAAUCCCCUUUUGUUCACUCCAAAUGCUCCCUUCUCCGGUUGAAAAGCUCGUGCUUGCUGAAAGAUGCAGCAGAUUAAUGGCGUGGGAACCAAUAUUAAAGCUUGGGAGAGUGGAAGAAGAAGACUGAGAUGGCCGUUUGAUGCGGUUCUGAGAUUUUUGGGUCUGGUUUUCACUUUGGUUGCUGCUGUUGUUGUUGGCGCUGAUAAUGAGUCGAAGAUUAUCUCUGUUACGCUCAUCAAAAGCUUGCCUCCUAUCCAUUUUUAUGCUUCUGCUAAGUGGCAAUACUUGUCUGCUUUUAAGUACUUUGUGGUGUCGAAUUGUUUAGCAUGUGCGUAUGCAGCAGUGUCGUUGGUGUACUCGGUGGCGACCAAAGGUUACAAAGACAAUCCAAUGAAAUGGAUGUUGCUCAUGACCAUUGACCUGAUCAUGGUAGGGCUAUUGUUCUCUGCCGAUGGUGCUGCUGCAGCCAUUGGAGUCAUCGGUCGAGAUGGGAACUCACAUAUGCAAUGGAUAAAAGUCUGUGGUUUCUUUGAAGGGUACUGUCACCACUUCACAGCUGCACUUGUUGUCUCCAUUGCUGGUUCUGUCAUGUUUCUUUGUUUGGUUGUGUUUUCUGCUUUGAAUCUUUACAAGAAAUGAAAUUAGGAGAUUGAAUAUGAGCUUGUUUUUGGUGGGUGUGACUGGAUUUGUUUCGACAGAGUGAAACUAUAUGGUUUGAAGUCAAUAUGCUCCUUUUGGCUGAA